AUGCAUGGGAAGAAUUUGGAGAGAAGAUGGAGCAAGAUAGCAAAGGAAUUACUAAACAUUGAGCAAGUUAAUAGAGAAGAGGAGGAAGAGAUAAAUGAAAAUAUAGAAGAAAAAGAACAAAAUGAACAAAAAGAAUUCAAUACAAAAAGCGUGGCUGAUGCAGUUAAAAGGCUAAAAAGAGGAAAAUCAGCAGGGCAUGACGGAAUAACAGCAGAAAUGUUAACAAACUUGGGAAAUAAUGGUCUGGAGGUACUAACACAAUUUAUAAAUAGAGUAGCAAAAGAAGAACACAUACCGAACAUACAUACUGAGCAUUGUAGCAAAGGUGCAGUAAUUGAUGAAAGCGAUCAUUUAGGUUUAGGUUCUGUUGAAACUAGCAUGGUGUUAAUAAGAGCAAGAAAUCAGAUGGAAGUCGGUUGGCCACAGACCGCAUUGCAAUCAGAGGCGAAUCAGCAAAACAUCACGACUAAAAUUGAUAUGUGUGAAUGCUGGACACGACACAGAUUUUGCGGUGAAAUCGCAUUACUUAUCGUCCAUGGAGAAAUAGUCAACGUUGAAAAGUUUAUACCUAGGAUUUUAGAAGAUUGA